CACACACACAUUUUCUAUACUGCAUCGUCAUGAUAGGAGAGGGACGGGAGCCUAGAGGCGCCUCUCUCCGGCGUUUAGGGUGAUACUAUGACGGAUGACGAGACCGGUUUAGAGAAGGCUAAAUUACUUCCUGACUAACCCUACCGAUCAGACGGAGAACUGCGUGGCUCGGCCGGAGGAGGCUGGGGAGAAAAACUGACACGUGGAUUACUCCUCCUUGGGCAUCAGGAAAAGCAGGCUGCCUGUGAAGAGCUCAGCUUCGUGACCAUCGCCGGCGAUCCUGUCAGUCCAGUCCCACAGGCAAUGGACUGAAACAUCGAAGAACCCGUGAUGUGAAUGCGCAAAUACUUUAGGAGAAGAUUCGCCUUUUUCCUCUCCGUCCUAAACGUUUACUUUUCUGACUGAUCGACCGGAAAGAGAAAGUAAACAGCCGAAGCGGUUGAAGGGAGGCUGCCGUUAGCUCGCGUUGAAUGGCAGUUAUUCAAAAAUAUGGCAAGAACUAUAGUCCAGAUUUGGUCUGUCACAAGGAGAACCAUCCGCCUGACAAGAUCGGAGCCCCAGGAUGUCACAAGAAGUGGUCUGAACACAACACCAACUGGUCCAGGCCGGUGGCGAGGGUGUGGACCGUGGUGCUGCUGCUCGGGACCUGCCUCCUCUACUGCGCCCGCGUGGCGAUGCCCAUCUGUGCCGUCAGCAUGGCAGAGCAGUUCAGCUGGAGCAAGAGGGAGUCCGGCAUGGUGCUGGGCAGCUUCUUCUGGGGCUACUGCUUCACCCAAGUGUUCGGAGGCUACGUCAGUGACCGGGUGGGAGGUGAGAAGGUCCUCCUGCUGUCAGCAGCAGCCUGGGGGUCGAUGACAGCCUUCACCCCCGUCCUGGCCCACUUCUGCUCCCAGCCAAUCCUCUCUAUGACGCUGGCCCGCUUCCUCAUGGGCCUGUUGCAAGGAGUUCAUUACCCCUCUCUGGCGAGUCUGUGCUCUCAAAAGGUGGUGGAAAGUGAGCGAGGCUUCCUCAUGAGCACCGUGGGUAGUGGCUCCUAUCUGGGCACUCUGGUGAUUGGAGGUGCUGGCUCCCUCAUGUUGGACCUGUACGGCUGGGAGAGUGUUUUCUAUGUGUCUGGUCUCCUCUCGGUCCUGUGGGCCUACUGCAUGUGGAAAUAUCUGCUCAAAGGAGAAGGGCCUAUCAUCACCCUGGAGUCCCUGGGAAGUGGUGGGCCCCAGUCCAAACUGUCCAAAAGACACUGGUUACGGCUCCUCAAACAACCUGCAGUCUGCGCUGUGAUUGUUACGCACCUUUGCACCGCGAGCACCUUCUUCACUCUUUUGUCGUGGCUGCCGACAUUCUUUAAAGACACUUACCCCGACGCCAAGGGUUGGGUGUUCAAUGUCAUUCCCUGGUUGGUGGCCAUACCCUCAUCCCUCUUCAGUGGCUGCCUGUCUGACCACCUCAUCAGUCAGGGCUUCGAUACAGCCUCAGUGAGGAAGCUGAUGCAGUUUUUCUCCAUGGGUGUGUCCAGUGUGUUUACACUUCUUCUAUGUGGCAACACCACCUUCCCCUGGGCUGUAGCAUUUGUUUCUGCCACCAUGGGCCUCACCACCUUCAGUCACAGCGGUGUCUCUGUAAAUGUUCAGGAUCUCGCUCCUUCCUGUGCUGGAGCUUUGUUUGGUGUUAUGAAUACAUGCGGUGCUUUCUUAGGGGUCCUAAUGGUGUAUUUCUCGGGGUACCUCAUUGAGGCCACAGGCUCAUGGGCGACAGUGUUUGCCCUCAUUACUGCAGUCAACCUGCUGGGGCUCUGCACUUUCCUGGCCUUCGCUGAGGCCCGCCGGGUCGACAUCGACUCCAGUAAGGUCCGACACCACAACAUCCACAUCUAAACCAUCUAAGUCAUCAGAGGGAAUGGGAUGUUAUUCUCAAAGGAGAUACGACCCCGGGCAACCAGCAGUUUGGAGAACAUUGGAGAACUAGCCAAUGGACAGCUAGUGGCGCACGGAUAAAGCCUGCAUGUAACAACAACUUUGACUGGCUCCGUGUCUGGUUGGGGAAACACUGCGACAGUUACAGAAAAGCACACAGCAGAGCCUGCACAAUGUUACUGAAAAAUCUUGCGCAGCCGGAGCGUUGGAUCCUCGGAAAACACAGCCUUGUCAGUGGAUGCUCUGUCAUUUCAGGGUGGAAUGAGAAAGGUUACAGGAGGGGCGGGAAAAAAAGUCUACACUACCUCCACGUCCCAGCUCGUGCAGCGUGUGGUGGUUUAACAGUUGCUGGGCUGCUGUUUUCGCUCGUCAUUACAGAACGCGUUACUCAGAAAAGUCAUGGAAGCCGUUAUCGUGCAAAAGAUGGAUGUGUCAGUCUCAGGAGCUCUCUGACAGCUGUGAUUGACCACCGUGGUGUGUCGUUACCCUGCGGGGGUGGGGGUAGAUGGUGCGGGCACACGGUGGGUGACGCAGGGACAGUCCAGCCUCUCGCACCUGAAGUCUUCUAUCAGUACGUCCUACUCUCCCAUCGUUGAGUGAACUGUUUGAGUGACACCUCAUUAGCCAGCCACUAAUUACCUGGCAGGCGCUCUCAUGUCCCGUACAAUUUACCUUCUAUAGUCCCUGUUUCCAUGGUUACGGGCUUGCGUUAUUGUUACAGUUUGAAGGGGGUGAAAGGGGUCAUGGGAACUUUCAUGGCAACAAGGCUUUUACUAAGCGUGUUCUCCCUGUUUGUCCUCUCGAAGAAUAUGUUUCGAGUAGGAAGACCAAAGGUUAUUGAUUAUUUCUAUUGUCUUUCUAUGUGAUUGCAUGUAAUAGAGAUACCUCACUUAAUUAUUUUGAGUACUUAUAUAUUUAUAUGACUUUUGGUCAUUUCAAUAUUUUUAGAAAAGAAAUAUAUUGAGGUAGAUGACAGAAAAAGAAGUAUUUAUUAGGUAAUGGUGGAAGAAAUCAUAAUAAAUUAUGCAGUAAAUAACCUUAAUGGUCGACCUUUCUGCAAGUCUAGUUUCCUCACUUCUCCUUUUCUUCUUCUUCUCUGAGCUGCACUUUCCUGUCCGAGGAGGCAGGUGUGGUGGAAAGAAACAUGUCCGUAUUAUUAUCUCGGUGAAAACCGCGCAGGCACACGAGCAGGCACUACGUCGUUUUUGUGAGCGUGAACCACCCUUAUUAUCACACUCGACAUCAUCGUUACCUAGGCGCUAGACAGGAAGUGAUGUAAGCAUUUAAUGAAGGAGAUAGUCAGCCCAUUCCCUUGUCAUGGUGGUGUCAGAGAGGGUUUGGUUUAAAUACCAGAGCCUCCACGUUACACACUGACAUGAUGAAUGUUGAGUGACAGGUGUCCUGCAGAACAUUUGGUGCAUUAAUGUUACUGCAAAGAAUGUAGCAACGUAAAGCUGGCUGCCUAGCUCUGGCUGAAAGUUACAGUGAUUGUUCGCACUCACGGCAUACUUUUACCGUUUCUGUUUCACAUGAAGUUUUCAUUUUCAAUCCAGUUGCUCACUCGACACGUGUACCUUAAAUCUAUGCAUUCAUUAUUUUGUGCCUGAUUUAAGCAAUGAGAGAAUUGUAAGAUAUGCUCACUCUGUCAUUUACUGGUCAUUGUAACAUAGCUAUUUUUUUCUUUGUUUUUUUUUUUUCAUUCUUUGUAGGAGCUUUGUUGCUUCUGUGUGAUUUGUUAUUGAAUUAUUCUUAUUAUCGUGUGUUAUUGUUGUUCUGAUAGAGAGGUUUACAUUUCAUUUCUUAUAAACACUUGGAAGUGUAUCCUAUGAUGGAAUAUUUUGUCAGUACACAUUUGAUUUCUGAAAUGUAUGUCUCUUACAUGGUCGUGGUCAGUGGUUACAAACAUGUGGGCAUAAGAAAUGAAUCGACUAUUCAAGCCUUUACUCUCUCUUAUGCCUUUCGGACUAAUGCAUUUUUAUGUACAUCAAAGAUUAUUUGUUUGUGUGUGUUAUGGAGUCUAUUACACACAAACCUACUGGCUAUAUAGAAUAAUUUAUUUUGAUAGCUGAUCUGAUGUCUGAUAUCCACGCCGAGUGUCACUUUACUGUGUUUUUUAGUGAUCAUACACAGAUUGUAUGCAUAGACCUUUCAUAUACCCUCUUUAUGUAUUUACACAAGACCACUGCACAAAAUCCUCAGCCUUUAACACUUAAACAACCAACCACAUUCCUCAGAUGUUUUACCCACCUUAGCAGAUGUGCAUUAUUUACAGUUGCCUUCAUUGCUUGCCCCCCCGUUACUAUGUUGAUCCUGCUAAGUGUCGGCAUUACCAUGAGAGAUAGCUGCAGUUCUGCCCACCAUCUCACCGAAGGCUCCUGAAAGCCUUCUGACAAAUAGUUUUUUGAUAACAGGUAAGAUACGUAUGAUUAAAAAAAAUACAUUCAUGCAAGGAAAUGCAAUAUUCUAAUGCUUUUGAGAUAUGUUGUAUUUAAAAUCAUACAUUAAGUUUGA